AUGAAACGCAUAAUAGAGUAUCAAAUUUACCACUUGAGGCGCACACACACACAUGCGCGGGGCGAGCUUUUCACGUAUACGAAGCUUUUGUGCCGGGGGCGGCGGGCGCACUAUAAAAAGGCGGGCCGACUGUGCAGCCCCACAUUCCCGCAUCCACUCUCCAAAGCGACACACGCUCCAUCGCAAACACCUCCAACUGACAACAUGUCUUACUACGCGAACAACGAAUACAUCAUCUCCACGAACAACUCGAUCAACGAGAACAAAUACAACAGCGAGAAGAUGAAGAACAGCGGCCUCAAGGCGCUACUGAAGCCUCUGAUGAGGAUCAUUAAGAAGACGACCAAACGCGCGCCAGUGAAGGCGUGCGACACGUGCUACGAGAGCGAGCAGAACUCUGAAAACGAGCUACUCGAAAAGAAGAUCUACGAGGAAAUGGCCGCCGGCUCAAGCGCCGCCUUCCUCGUGUGCAAUCAGGACGAGAGCUACGACCUGGUGCCCGUACCACGGGAGGACUUCUACAUACCUGUCCACUUCGCUCGCACAGACGCGGGCACGUUCUUCUGGACGACUGUCACCAAGAAUGAUGGCGACUUCGCAGCGGCAUCGUGCUACACCGCGUGCCAGACGGCGGAACAACAGCACCCCGUUCUCCAAGACCGCUGGGUACAAGCC